AGUAUCGGUUCCGGGUCACUCGGAGUUGAGUUUUGUCUGAAGCAUAACUUGUGCGUGGCGGUAUGGUAAACCACAGUUUCCCUAGGGGUGUCAGCCUACUGUCCACGAAAUCGUGAAAGUUCUCUCUCCACGUCAGCACGACGACACAGGGAGAGGCAUGGCGAACCAAGACAGCCCCCACCUGACUUACCGUGAAGCCACACACAGUGACUACGACGCCGUCAUGAACAUAGCGUCAGUAGACACAUUCCGGGACGGGUUCGACUACCUGCCCGCCAAGUUUCACCAAUGGGUGGACGACCCAGACGUCAUAAUGUUAGUAGGCGAAGCUGACGGCAAAGUGCUUGGCGUGUAUGUGUGCAUCAUAACUGAUGGUGGGGCAAAUCUGAAAAACAAAACCUUUCGGAUGGCCCCAGAACUGCGGGGAAAGAAGUUUAUGGAUGGAAUGGGGUUUCAGCUAGAAAAAUCACUGCAGCUUCGUCUGCAUACAAGGCUGCUGCACCUGGAGCGACAUGCCCUGGCGGAUGACAUCAUGUACUUCCAAGGCAAGUCUAACGAAGUGCUGGAUAGUUUGGAAACCAAGGAUGUUCUUCCAUCUCCUCCACACCCACCAGUAGUGCCCUACCAACCUUCCGACAUGGCGCGGCUGGCAGAGCUUGUCAUGAGUACGAAGGGAUGA